GAGGCGGCGGAUAUGAAGUUCCUGCUGAAGAAAUGCCUGCGCAAGAAGGCGCCCGAGAUGAGGCCCGGUGCCAUCUUGGAUGCCGUCAUCUCGCAAUCCUCGGCCACCGCCUGCAAGUGCCUCCUCUAUAAGCUGGCGGAUUACAAAAGAGGUGGUGACCUCAUCGACGCCAUCAACUCGGGCGGACUGAUUGCCGUGGAGCAGCUGAUCCGGGAGCAGUUUGGAGUCUUCAUGUACAACGAUGGCAAGGGCCAGGUGAUAAAUCGUGCAGAGUUUUUACGCUGGAAGUACCGCGACCACACCGAGGUGACCAUACCCAUUGAGGCGUCGCUGUCCAUCCACGAUCCGCUGGGCAAAUGGGAGGACCACAAGGCCUGCUGGCAGAUGCAGUACCGCGGCGCCCUGGGCGAGAGUCUGCUCCAUGUGCUCAUCAUUUGCGAUUCCAAGGUGCACACCAAGUUGGCGAGAGUGCUGCUCCGUGUGUUUCCCAACCUGGCGCUGGAUGUGAUGGAGGGCGAGGAGUAUCUGGGUGCCAGUGCCCUGCACCUGUCGAUUGCCUAUAGCAACAAUGAGCUGGUGGCGGAUCUGAUCGAGGCCGGCGCGGAUAUCAAUCAGCGGGCAAUUGGCAGCUUCUUCCUGCCACGUGACCAGCAGCGCGCGAAUCCGGCCAAGAGCACCGACUACGAGGGACUGGCCUACAUGGGUGAAUAUCCGCUGGCCUGGGCCGCCUGCUGUGCCAACGAGAGUGUCUACAACCUGCUGGUGGACUGCGGAUCCGAUCCGGAUGCCCAGGACUCCUUCGGUAACAUGAUCCUGCACAUGGUGGUCGUGUGCGACAAGCUGGACAUGUUCGGCUAUGCCCUGCGACAUCCCAAGACGCCGGCGAAGAACGGCAUCGUCAACCAAACAGGACUGACUCCACUCACCCUGGCCUGCAAACUGGGACGGGCUGAGGUAUUCCGUGAAAUGUUGGAGCUGUCCGCCCGCGAGUUUUGGCGCUACAGUAACAUCACCUGCUCCGGUUACCCACUCAAUGCACUGGACACACUCCUGCCGGACGGCAGAACCAACUGGAAUUCAGCCUUGUUCAUCAUCCUGAACGGCACCAAGCCGGAGCAUCUGGACAUGUUGGACGGCGGCAUCAUCCAGCGCCUGCUGGAGGAGAAGUGGAAGACCUUUGCGCAGAACCAGUUUCUGAAGCGCCUGCUCAUCCUGUCCACCCAUCUGCUGUGCCUGUCCGUAUCGGUAUACUUGCGUCCGGCCCACGAUGGUGAAGGCGAGGGCGAGGACUCCGAGGGAUCUGAUCCCUCGGCAGCCGCUCUGCAGGACAUGCCGACGGAUGAGGGCGACAGUGGUGGUGACUACAAUGCCCAGACGGUGGCCCGUUAUUGCGCCGAGUUUGCCACUCUGGUGGGGGUUUUAAGCUAUGUGAUCUUCCAGCAAGGCGACGAGAUAAAAAACCAGGGGUUAUCCGCCUUUCUCAAGCAACUGGUAAGGAUCUUGGCAUAUUUAGAUUGCUAUAUUCUGCUUAACAUUAUCCUCUUUCUUGUUCCACAGUCCCAUGCGCCGGCUAAGGCCAUCUUCCUGUUCUCCAACCUGCUGAUCCUGGCGUGCAUUCCAUUUCGUUUGAUUGGCGACACCGACACCGAGGAGGCCAUCCUGAUUUUCGCUGUACCCGGCUCCUGGUUUCUCCUAAUGUUCUUUGCAGGUGCCAUUCGGUUGACGGGUCCCUUUGUGACUAUGAUCUACUCCAUGAUCACGGGCGACAUGUUCACCUUCGGCAUAAUCUACUGCAUUGUGCUGUGUGGAUUCUCGCAGGCCUUCUACUUCCUCUACAAGGGACAUCCCCAGGUGCAGUCCACCAUGUUCAACACCUACACCAGCACUUGGAUGGCCCUGUUUCAGACCACACUAGGUGAUUAUAACGUAAGUGGGUGCCUCAAACGUGGAUUACGUACUCGUAAUGAUAUCAUUCCAUUGCAGUAUCCCGAUCUCAACCAGACGACAUACCCCAAUCUCUCCAAGACCGUGUUCGUUAUCUUUAUGAUCUUCGUGCCCAUCCUGUUGCUCAACAUGUUGAUUGCCAUGAUGGGCAACACCUAUGUGACUGUGAUCGAGCAGUCGGAGAAGGAGUGGAUGAAGCAGUGGGCCAAGAUUGUCGUCACCCUGGAGCGCGCUGUGCCGCAGGCGGAUGCCAAGGGCUAUCUGGAGGCCUACUCCAUUCCGCUGGGUCCCUCCGAUGACUCGGGAUUCGAGGUGCGCGGCGUGAUGGUCAUCAAGAGCAAGAGCAAGACGAGGGCCAAGCAGCGAAAGGGUGCCGUCUCCAACUGGAAGCGAGUGGGUCGUGUGACGCUCACGGCGCUCAAGAAGCGCGGAAUGACCGGCGAGGAGAUGCGUCGCCUUAUGUGGGGACGGGCCUCCAUUUCCAGUCCCGUUAAAGUGACCAAGCAGAAGCUCAAGGAUCCCUACAAUCUGCACACGGACUCCGACUUCACCAACGCCAUGGACAUGUUGACCUUCGCUAGCAAUCCGGCUUCUUCCAAUGGUGUCACUCUGCGAACGGUGACAGCUCCACCGCCCGCUCCGCCGGCACCGGAUCCCUUCAGGGAGCUGAUCAUGAUGUCGGACCAGCGACCGGAGACCCAUGAUCCCCACUACUUUGCCGGCCUGCAGCAACUGGCCAAUAAGGCCUUCGAUUUGGUGGAGCAAACGAUGAAGACACAGCCGCAGGCGCCGAUGGUCAAGAAGGUGGAUUCACUGCCCGUGGCUUCGGUGGCCACUGCAUCUCCCGCUGCUCCUGCAAUACAACCUGCUGGUGGUGGUGCUGCUGCUUCUGCUGCUCCCGACCUAAUGGCCAUGCCAUUGCCCAUUUCGAAUUUGAGCAACCUGUUCCAGGACCCCAAGGACAUCGUUGAUCCCAAAAAGCUUGAGGAGUUCAUGGCCAUGCUGGCAGAGGUGGAAACCGAGGAGAGCGACAGCGGCGGGCCCAUUCUCGGCAAGCUAUCGCUGGCCAAACGGACACACAAUGCUCUAUCCAAGGCGGAUAUACGACGGGACCAGCAGGGAUUCGAGGGACACAGCCAUGGACAGUUUCAGCCCAUGUCCUCGGUGUGGGCACCACCUGGCUUGGAUGUGGAUACGGGCUUCCACUUUGAUGAAGCUGUGGCGGAGGAGGUGCUGACCAUCGAACAGGAAGCCGAAGUGGAGACCGAGGACGGCAAUGGUGGACAGGACAGCGAGGAUAUACCCACGGCGGAGGAGGUGCACGCCACCAUGAAGCAGUUUCACCUGCGCAAGUGUCAGCCGGCACAGGAUGACGCCGCUCGUCGCGCCAAAAGUGCUCGCGUUCGUCGCCGGAACAAAGUUUCGCCGGAGCAAAGUGAUGAACCAGACGAGCACAGCCAGCGGGGACGUUCCGCUUACACACGGAGAACGCAAUCGCCGCCCGAUCCCCUGGAACCGUGGAGCACUCGCGAGCUGCAGGACAUCAACAAGAUCCUGGCCAGAAAGUGAAUACAGGGGGCGCACGAGUUUCUGG